AUGGCUAGCCUCAGCUUUAUAAUGGAUGUCACCGACGACCACCAGACCGAUGGUCGAUCGGCUCCCCAUAGCGUCAAGAGGGACAAGCGCGCAACCAGAACAGCCGGCGCCGCCGGGAGGCUCCUUGAGGCCCCGUCCAACCCGCGCUCUAGUUCCCGCCUCGGUCUGGCCACUGCCGAGAAAGCUAUCAAUCAGGCCGCCCCCCCUCGCCAGACCACACGGCGCAGUGCUUCUUCCCGAGUUUCCAGGUCGACCGCCGACAUAUCAGGGGCGGAACCAGGCACUGGGACGGAAGAUACUAUUACCGUCUCGUCCUCGUCCUCGUCCUCGUCCACUGCCCGGCCGCCGGCGAAGCGGCGCCAGAGCACGGCAAGCAACGACUCCAUGGAUCACACACGAUAUGACCCAGCCGGCCCCUCCUCCUCGUCAUCGUCGAUGCGGGCGGGUCUACAGCGGCCCAUGCUUACCCAUCCCGCGGCAGCUACGUUCGCUGCGAGAAUCACGCCCAAGACCGGACGAAUUAGCAAGGCCAAGAAAGGCUUGCCCGUCCAUGUCUGCGACAUCUGCAGGCCGCCCAAGACCUUCACCCGGGCCGAGCAUCUAAGGCGUCAUCAGUUAGGCCACGGAACACCGCAGUUCCAAUGCCCCGGCUGUGACAAAGCUUUCCACCGACCCGACCUGUUGGCGCGCCAUCAGCAGAAGCAUGAGCAUGACGGCGACGACUUGUCCAAGUCGGGGUCCCCACGCCGUAGCCCUAGGCGUUCUCCAGCAGCGCUCCCUUUCCAAACCGAGCACUCGCCGCGGACGCCGGGGCCCCGGCCGACCGCCUCACCCUUGGCAACAACAGACAUGCCACCGACAAACAGCGCCGUAGCGGUGAGCCAGCCCGGCUUCUCACAGCUGCCCAACUCGGCGGCGGAAGCUCCCCCCCAGGCCUUUACCGGCAGCUACACGCUCUCCCCGACGCUUUCUGUUGUUAACCCGGCUCGCCCGGCUUCGCUCUCGGGCCCUUACUCCGGCGAUCUCAGGGACUACCAACCCAGGACGGGGCCGCACCCCAUCUCUGUGGACACACACGGCCUGCAGCUUCCGAGUGCACAGCCAACCGAGCUGCCAGAGCUGCAUGACGCAUCCACGUGGCCAUCGUCGGCGUCAGACAGCACCUACUCGACUCCGGCGUCUGACGCACCCAGGAGUUCGCGCCCCUGGACACAGGGGCGACGGUCUCCGACCGCUGACUGGACCGCCUCGCAGCGACCCCCGCCAUAUCCCGGCUCGGGAUCGCGGGCUCUCCAGAGCCCCGGGCCCGGAGCUGAGGGAGUGCCCGCCUUUCAGUCCUCGCUAUUUAUCAAAUCUUCGUACACGGACGCGCCGCCGUCAGAGCACAGCUUCCCUGGCUUGCUCAACGUGCCCUCAUCCAUUGGCUGUUCUUCUCCUGGGACGCCCGGCCAGCACCAUCCUCUUCUCAGCGCCUCCUCGAAUGGCACCGUCCGCCCGCACCCCCGCCAGCACCCAGACCAGCGCAGUAACUCAGUCUCAACUUCUCGGGGCCGGGCGGACGAGACCCUUGUGGUGUCAGCCCCUCCGCUUCCGGACCGCUUGGACCCGAUGGUCCAUCUCGAUCGUCGGAAAGGAGCCAUGAUGGAAGCACACCAAGAUCUAAUGGACCCACAGGCUGCAAUCUGUGGACUGGACCUGCUAGGCGGCAUCGCCGUCGGGUACGGCGCUGGCAGCGGCAUCACUGCGAGCCCGGGGGCUGACCACGGCGGCCACGGCGCCGACGUCGUCGCCGAACUCGACCUGGCCAUGGGAGGCGGCUGUGCGAUGCCGACGCCAAUCUCAAUCACCGUCCCGCUGCCAGGACACAUCCGUGCCGCCAUCCCCCGCUAUCUGGAAGUCUAUUGGGCAUCCAUCGACCCAGUCCUACCGCUUGUCCACCGGCAGUCCUUCGAGGCCGCUCCAGACGACGUGCUGAGCUGCGCCAUGGCCGCCGUGGCCACGCAGUACUUUAGCAGCAGGGAAGACCGCAACAGGGGUAACGAUCUGCACGAAUUCGCCUGGCAGGAGCUGAAACGGGUGCCCCAAUGGAGCCUCCAGACCAUGCAGGCCAUCCUCCUGUGCGAGUAUUUCGCCCGUUUCCGCGGCCACAAGGCCGUCACCCGACCGUCGAAGCAGUUCGAGUCCUUGUUUUCGAGGGUGAGUGCUUCGCUGUCCUUUCCUGUGCCGCCGUCCUCAGCUGCGGCCGAGGGCAGCGGGCUCUGGCUCGUCGAUCCCGCCACCCGGUCUUCUGCUUCUUCCCCCCCAUCUUCCCAUUCCUCUCCCGGUGACUUGGUGACGCCAACCACCAACAACAUGUCUCUUUUCGCUCUGCGGCAUCUGAGCCCGCUCCAGAGCACGCCGUGGGGCAAUUUCCCGUCCUCCGGUCUCCGGUCGUCUGCUUCUUCGCCUUCUGGGAAGCCUUCUCCCUCUUCGGCAUCUUCUUCGCGUUUGAUUCUCGAUAUUCCCCGUUCCUUGGGCAGUAAUGUUAAUCCUAAUCUUCCUCCUCUAUUCGCGUCUACGCCGACGCCUGCUUCUGCUUUUUCGAACUCUCACUCCCGCGCGCAACCGUCAUGGUCCUCUCUCUUUGCUCCCGAUCCCCUCAGCCCCGCGUUUGCCCCAGCGCCCGCUCCUUCUCUUGCGGCUCCUCUCUCCCAGGCUCCCCGGCAGGCGUACUCACAACGUGUCUCAACCCCGCAGGUCAUGCACCGGAACCCGGACGGCUGGGACCACGUGCUGCUCGCCGCGAAUCAACAGCACCUUUCCAUCCAGGAGCGAUGGCAGAACUGGAUCGAUGUCGAAUCACGCCGCCGCCUCUUUGCCGCCUGUCUGUUUGCCGAUGGCCACGCUGCCGUCUACCAUCAGCAGCGGCGUGCUCACGAAAGCGAGGUCGAGGCCUUCGCCUCGUUCGAGCCGAUCCCCGUAUUCAGCUCCGCCCGUAUGCUGUGGGAAGCAACCUCGGCAGAAGAAUGGGCAGCCAUCCUGGCGGCCAAUCCCGGCGAGCUCCAACCAAGACACGUCCCGCCCGUCGACCAACUCACGGCCAAUGAACUGAUGACGUAUCCUCCCAUCGACCGCAUGCUCAUUCUCGGUGUGCUCGCCGCCCGACUGCCGCGCCGUCAGCGAACCGCGCCGGCAGCGAUGUGGGUGAGCAUGACAGCCGGCAGCACAACUACCACCACCACCACCAACCCGAACGGCGGUAGCGGCGGCGGCAACAACAGCGACCUCGCCAACCUGAGCGUCGUGCGCGCGGUCACCUACGCGGCGCGCGCCAUCGUCAGCUUCCUCGACUGCCAGGCCCAGCUCGAGCAGCACGGCACCGCCACGGUCUUCGGCGAGCCGGCCGCCUCCUGGGCCACCGACAUAUCCGACUACUGGGCCAUGUACGUCUGCGCGCUGAUCUGCUGGGCCUUUGGCCACCACGGGCGGCCCGACGCCGCCCAGCAACCGCACCAGCACCAGCACCAGCAUCAGCAUCAGCAGGUCGGCAGGUUGCGGAGCGACAGCGGCACGGCCACGGCCACGGGCUCCUCGGCAGCCGGAACCCCCGGCAGCGGGGCGAGCAGCCCGGCGGCGACGUCGUCGCCGCCGUCGCGGCCCAGCAGCGCGGUUCCGGGCGCCGGCGUGGCGGCGAGCGAGGAGGAGGCGGUCGCCUGGCUGCGCAUGAUCGCGGCCGACGGGGCGCGGCCGGAGGACGUGCUGCGCGCGCGGGGGCGGCGCGAGGCCAUCGGCGUCGUGAGCCUCGUGCGCCGCCGGCUGGAGAACGAUUGCCCCGGCACCCGGUGCCGGCUGUACGUGGAUGCCGUCGGCGUGCUGAGGAAGGUGGAGGAGGGCGUCGGGUGGAAGUGGUUCUGA